AUGGAUCAUACGGGUCGCCCACCAAGCUACUACUCAACCCACCCUCCCCAGUACAUGGAUCAUUUACCCAACGCACCUCCCGACUAUCUCGAAUCGGAGAACGCCUACCUCUCUGAAAUGGAGAAAGCGGCCCCCCAACCCCUCCGCUCGAACGAUGAUCUAAAUCUUCGCGUUCUCCGCCGCUACAAUCCUGCAAUCACCAAAGUCAUUUCCCUGGCUAAUUACGCGGUGAUCUACACCUUCGACUCCACUACCGCCUCGUGGGAGAAGGUCAACAUUGAAGGCACGCUGUUCAUCUGCCGCAUGACCCCGGGCCGGCUCGGCGAAGAACGCUAUGUUGUUGUCAUCCUGAACCGUCGCAGCCUUAUCAACUUCCAAUGCCUUCUGAUUAAUCCUGAGAACGUUGAGUUGACGGAUGAAUAUGUGAUCUUGAAGGAUGAUUCAGCCAACGACGGCGAGAACAAGGCCGGUGCCAACGACUACAACGUCUAUGGAAUUUGGAUCUACUCCGAGAGCAAGACCUCCACUGCCGAUACUCGCACCGUGAACGCGAAGAUUAUUCUCGAGUGCGCCACUCGUGCCGCUCGCAGCAUGCAGGGCGUCAAAGCGCGCAUUCAGGCUAAGGGCCAGGAUGAGCUCCACGUGGCGGCUGCAGCUGCAGAGACUCAAGGCGUCCCGACCGACAACAUGCAGGGAGGUGUUUCUAUGGGCCGCACUAUGUCGCUGAAGGAUAUGUUUGGACAGCAACGCGCUCAGGAUGAUGAGUGGAGUGUUCGUGCCCACCAUGAACAACCCCAGCCUCACUCUGCCUUGCCCGCCCACCAUGCUCACCAAUCUGGGGCUCACCAAUAUGGGGCUCACCAAUCUGGGGCUCACCAAUCUGGGGCUCGUCAACCUGGACAAACUAGCAACCCUAACCAAGUCCCUAACGAUGUCCUAGGCGACCUCUUCCGCCGUGCCGGGCUCGCCCCCAACAAAGAGUAG